AUGGGUAACCAACCAUCCAAAGAUAGCAAAGAUGGCUCAUCUUCCGGUCCAAAGCUGUCGUCAUACCCUUCCUUCGGCAAGUCCGAAACCAAAGAGUCGACAAGGUCCUUCCGUGACUCGAUCCGCACCAAGAUCCCGGGCGCAAAAUCGAACGACAGUCCCCGAGCAUCGUCGACUGCACUGACGGGCGGCGCAUCCUCCACUAGUGUUGACAAGGUCGAUUCUCAAUCGGUCAAGUCUUCCACCAGUGGAAAAUCGUCGCAGAGACAUCGCGCCUCCACAUCUAUCUCUGAAGGCAAUGGCUCCCGGAGGGACAGUGACGAGGGGGAUGAAGAGGUGGAUGUGCCGCCCUCGCCCACCAUAUCCGCCUCGGUGGUCGCUGGACACAGCGAGAAAGACUUGGAGGAUGCGAAGCGCUCCGGUGAGGUCGACGCCGUAUCGGACGCGCCACCACAAGGUCACGGACACAUCUCUGGCAACACGGAACCUACCGAGUCAAUUCUGCAGAAGAAGUUGCCCAACGCUCACUCUGCGUUCCCAUCUCAGGGAGCUGCAGGCGCCCUGGCGAUCGCUGAGCUCUCCCUGAAUGAGCGCUUAAAUGCGAGCACAUCGAACAUGGACAUUGGAACCUUGAAGACAGCCGAUCUCGAUGAUAUGAUCAAGCGGCUGGUCGACGCUGGCUAUGCCGGCAAGGUCACGAAGACGGUCUGUUUGAAAAACGCAGAGAUCACGGCCAUCUGCAAUGCUGCGCGAGAGGUCUUCCUCUCCCAGCCAGCUCUGUUGGAAUUAGCGCCGCCAGUAAAGAUUGUUGGUGAUGUUCACGGCCAAUACACCGAUCUAAUUCGCAUGUUCGAAAUGUGCGGGUUUCCACCAAACAGCAACUACCUCUUCCUCGGAGACUAUGUCGAUCGCGGUAAGCAAAGUUUGGAGACCAUCCUGCUGCUUCUGUGCUACAAGCUCCGAUUCCCAGAGAACUUCUUCCUCCUGCGUGGAAACCACGAAUGCGCCAACGUCACCCGCGUCUAUGGCUUCUACGACGAAUGCAAACGCCGCUGCAACAUCAAAGUCUGGAAGACCUUCGUCGACACUUUCAACACCCUCCCCAUCGCCAGCAUCGUCGCCGGCAAGAUCUUCUGUGUACACGGCGGUCUGUCGCCCUCCUUGUCGCAUAUGGACGACAUCCGCAACAUCGCCCGACCCACCGAUGUCCCGGAUUACGGCCUCCUGAACGAUCUCUUAUGGUCGGACCCGGCUGAUAUGGAGGCCGAUUGGGAAGCGAAUGAGCGUGGUGUGAGCUAUUGCUUUGGCAAAAAGGUCAUUAUGGAAUUCUUGCAGAAGCAUGACUUUGAUCUUGUCUGUCGCGCGCACAUGGUGGUUGAAGACGGAUAUGAGUUCUUCAACGAACGGAUCUUGGUCACGGUGUUCUCAGCACCGAACUACUGUGGAGAAUUCGACAACUGGGGCGCAGUAAUGAGCGUCUCUGGCGAACUUCUCUGCUCCUUUGAGCUGCUCAAGCCAUUGGAUUCUAGCGCCCUGAAGAGUCACAUCAAGAAGGGCCGCAACAAGCGAGCCAACAUGGUCAACUCACCGGUAUGUUCUACGACAUGCUUCUUUCUCACCACGUGA